AUAUAUCCUGACAUAGAGGCGAAAUGGCUUACUUGUAGAAACAGAGGAUGAGCAAGAACUUGAGAUGCCAACAGGGUGGCGAAUGAUGCAAAGAGAGUCGCACGGGCGAGCAUGAUGAACGAACAAGUGGGGUCGAAGAUGGAAAGAAGGUGAAUCCUCAGGCGUCCAGGCCCGGUGAAGAAAAUAAAACGACUGGAGAAUAAACUGAAAUGAGCGUUGGAAAUGUCGAUGAAAUAUCGCUUACAAGGCUGAAGUGAAAGGGAAAGGAAGAAUAGGGUGGGAACAAGUAGCUCUACUAGAUUUUAUACUAAGUAGCCCCUGACAACGCGAUCAUCACCCGUGUGGUCAUCUGUCAUUUGUCCUCAAUUUUCGCGGCCAACUCGGGAGUGCCUUAUCUGACUCUUUUCAUGUCUUCCGACCCCCGUUUCUCUCGACUACGGUCAGAUCCACGAUUUAGACGUCCUCGAAAAAAUAUUUCAAAGAUUGUUAUCGACGAUCGCUUCAAAUCCGUCUUUGCCCAAGAAAAAAAGCCCAAGAAUAAAUCCGCUGCCCGCGUUGACAAGUACGGUCGCCGUCUCUCUGAUAGUUAUGAACAAGACAACCUGCGGCGGUUCUAUCGACUGGAGAACGGAGAUGAAGGCGGCGUCGAGGAACCAAAACCGAUAGAUUAUGCUCGAGGACAAGUGCUCUUGGAAUCAUCGGACGAGGAAGAAUCGGAGAAAGAGGACGCUGAAAGUGACGCCGAAGAUGGUUUUGUGAUACUUGGCCGGAACGAAAAUGAAGAUGAAGAGGAACCGGAGAUCGACUUGGAUGAGUCGGAGUACGCCGACUUGUCCGCUCAAGCAGCAGCAUACGCCAGAGAUCACCCUGAAACUGAAGCUCAGGAAGGUGCAAGAACUCGUCGACUCGCAGCUGUGAACCUGGAUUGGGACCACAUUCGCGCCAGUCAUCUAUUUAAAGUCUGUUCUUCACUUGUUUCCCUCACCGCUCCUGCACUUGCUUCAUCGUCCCGUGGUACUGAAAAAUCAAAAAAACACGUCAACGCUACCAGCGAGAUAGUUCGUGGUCAGGUGUUGAAUGUUCGCGUCUAUCCAAGCGAAUUUGGGAAAGAACGUAUGGCUCGCGAGGAGAGGGAGGGGCCGCCUGCUGAAGUCUUCAAGAAAAAGGAGAACGAGAGUGAGGAAGUCAACCACCGUAAUAUUUACGAGGUUGGCGAUGAAAAUGAAUUGAACGAGGAUGCUCUACGCAAAUACCAGCUGGAACGUUUACGAUAUUACUACGCCGUCAUUACCUGCGAUUCUGUUGAUGCAGCAUCGCACAUCUAUGAUGAGUUGGAGGGCACAGAGUUGGAGCGAUCUGCAAAUGUCUUUGACCUAAGCUUCGUACCAGAAGACAUGGUUUUUGACGAUGAAUUCAGGGAUGAAACUAUGGAGGAUUCUUUUGCUACAUAUAAGGGACUUGACUUCGUCACAGACGCUCUACGACAUUCUAAAGUAAAGCUAACUUGGGACGAGGACGACCCUGAGCGCAACCUAGUCACCCGACGGACAUUAUCUCGCAAGGAGAUAGAAGACGGUCAUUUCAACUCUUACCUUGCUUCUUCCUCAGAGUCUGAAGGGGAAGAUGAACGACAAGACACCGCACAAAAGAAGUCCCAACAAAAAGCUCAAUCACGAGAUAAAUUGCGUGCACUGCUAUUGGGUGGAAACGAUGAUUUGCCAGAGGGUUGGGCUCGAGCCGGCGACAAAGACGAGGGCUCUGAUAUCGAUAUGGAGAUAACUUUCACCCCCGCGUUGUCGGAGUCUAAAGGUGACCAAGAUGAAACCACGAUCGAAAAAUACCGGCGCAAAAUGAAGGAAAAACGGAAGAACAAAGCUGAGCGGCGUGCUAAAGGACUAGAACCACCUCCAAAGGGCGACAGCGAACUUGGCAGGGACGACUUCUUCGAUGCUGCCAGUGACGAUGAGCCCGCACCUCCCCAAACCAAAGAAUCCGUUAGCCUAGAAGAGCUCAAGAAACUGGCGGAUGGAGACGAGGGACGGAAGCACUUCGAUCUAAAAGCUGUACUGAAGGCUGAGAAGAAGUCAAAACGGAAGGAUAAGAGGGGCAAGAAAGCUCGAGAACAAGACGCUAAUGAUGAGACUCAACCAGAUUUCACACUCGAUGUCAAAGAUGUCCGCUUUAGUGUUCUUCACGAAGAUCCCAACUUUGCGAUUGAUCCUAGCAAUCCUCAAUUCAAGAGAACAAAAAGUAUGUCUGCGUUGCUGGAAGAGGGGGGCAAGCGUAGGCAGGCGAAUCGAGGCGAAAAUGAGUCCUUGGAUAAAACUCCAAAGAAAGGCGGGACGGGUGGUCACCGGAAUCUGCAAAGUCUGGUUGAAAGUGUUAAACGAAAAAGUUCUCAUCCUGCGCGGCGUGGAACGGGUAAACGCCAAAAAGUUUCAUAGACUGGUGUUACAGAUUUGUUUAGCUACUUGGUCAUUUGCUCUGAUACUUUUUUGCUUGGGAAACUGAUAGAACGAUCAGCUGGGCACACAACCAGCGAUCAUGUAAUCUUCGCGUUCGAGAAAUCUAGUUCUGGAUGGGCGGCCUG